AUGGAUCCCGAGCCAUGGCUGGCAAGACCUGAUAUGUCAUCCCGAAGCGCGAGGUCACGACCCCGAGCCGCAAGUGAUGUCCUUGACCGCAAGACCGCCAUCCGCGGGGAGGUGUCCCUGAGCCGCGGAGUGGUGACCGCGAGCCACGAGGUGAUGAUCGCGAUCUGCGAGGUGGUGACCGCGAGCCGCGAGAUGGUGACCGCGAGCCGCGAGGUGGUGACCGCGAGCCGCUAG